AUGGGAUCAAUAAAAAGUUUCAAAUUAAAACAAAAGCUUGGUAAAAAGAAGAGGCAAAAUAGGCCAGUGCCUCAUUGGUAUAGAUUAAAGAAAGAUACGAAAAUAAGAUAUAACACAAAAAGGAGACAUUGGAGAAGAACUAAAUUAGGAUUAUAA